GAGAUAGUAAGUAGGGUUGAGACUUGAGAGGAAAAAGGAGCAAGGUGGCCCUAGAGUCUAGUGAAGCGAUGAUAGUAGCUGCAAAAACUGUUAUAUAUGUGCCUCCUUCGCCCACUCUCAAUCUACUCUACUCUAUUCUAUAACAUAUAUCCCACCGUACCCGUCACAACUUACAACAACAACAACCACCUCCUCCCUCUCUUUUUCUUCCCAUCAAUCAAACAAACAAACAUAGCAUCAUCCACCACUACUCCCUCAUCUAUAUAACUAUAUAUCGUUCUUUUUGUAUCUAUCUAUUUCUCUGAAUAAACAAACUCAUACAGUGCAACAGUGCAUGAUCCACAAUGGCUUCCGCCUGCAUCAACAACAUCGGAAUGUCACCUGAGCCCUUCUUCUCAUGGGAUCCCGAACCCGACUUCGAGUUCCGUCUCCAAGAUCCCGUCACCAUGCUUCCCGCCGACCAGCUCUUCUCCGACGGGAAACUCGUCCCUCUCCACUUCAAACCAACCACCUCCAUCUCCGCCACCACUUCCCCCAAAAAAGCCACCGCCUCCAUUGCUUCCAUAACAACCUCCGACCCCAUUCUCUUCUCUCCCAAAGCACCUCGCUGUUCCAGCCGCUGGAAAGACCUCCUCGGCCUCAAAAAACUCUACAACAGCUCCACCUCCACCACCACCACAACAACAAAAACAUCACCGGCGACUUCAUCUUCUCCGUCCAACAAAUUCAAACACCUCCUCAACCGUAACAGCAAAACAACAUCCUCAUCAGACAACAGUUCCCUCAGUCUUCCUCUACUGAGAGACUCCGACAACGAAUCACUCUCGAUCUCUUCUCGUCUCUCACUCUCCUCCUCAUCUUCAAGCCACGACCACGACGAUCUCCCUCGUCUCUCCCUCGAUUCAGAAAAACCUAACCCGAUUUCCAUCCACCGUCACUCGAACCAAAACCCGAACCCGAAUCCAAGGAUCCGGUUAGUCAAACCACGAGCAUCCUCCUUCGACGGAAACAAACCAGAUCAACACAACAGCAACAGCAACAGCAACAACAACAACCGCUCUGGAAGAAGCCCGAUCCGGAUGGAAUCAUCCACUACGCAAGGGUGCAGGGGAGCUUCAGUGGAUAGCCCUAGACUAAACUCAUCCGGAAAAAUCGUGUUUCAGAGCUUAGAACGCAGCUCGAGUAGUCCCGGGAGUUUCACGGGCGGGCCCCGGUUCAAGCAUCGUGGAAUGGAACGGUCGUAUUCAGCCAAUGUCCGGGUCACUCCGGUUCUUAAUGUUCCGGUUUGUUCUUUAAGAGGCGGUUCAAAAUCCGGUUCGGUUUUUGGGUUCGGCCAGCUUUUUUCCUCACCUCAGAAAAGAGAAUCUACAUCCGGUGGUGCUAAUAGCAAAAAUCAUCAACUUCAACAUCAACAUCAACACAGUGUUAGGCAUCAACAACACAAACACCCUUAGACACAGUUGGUAACCGUUAAAUUUUAACUAGGAUGUUUUGUUCUUGUUUCUUUUUUUUUUCCUUCUUUUUUUCUGAAGGUUAAUCUAAGUUCUUGUCUAUUUUGGAAUGAAAACACUGUUAAUUUUUUGAGGGAUUGAUUAAUUAAUAUUAAUUACUCUGCUUUUGUUCAUUAACAGGUUUUAGAUUUUAAUUAAUGUAAAAAGAUGUUAAGAUUA